UUGCGCUGAAAAACUUUUUUUCUACAACGGUCAUACUGUCACAUCAUUUUCACUCUUAAACCAUAUUUUUGAUAAUCAUCGGUUUAUUGAGGAGUUGAGUUCUUCCGUGUUAUCGUCCUUACAUUUUGGACAUUCAGCCAACCAAUACUUUUUUCAACGAAUAACUAUCAAUCAAUGGACGGCGAAGGUUAUGUUUCAGAUUUCUCACCUGACGGCAAACUGUUGGGCUUACUAGAUCCCCUAGGUGGGCUUAAAAUUUGGAACGUUGAAAACAAAUUUCUUGUACGGCCCAAUCGUCAUUUACAAUGUCAAUAUACGUGUCUCACUUGGUUGUCGGGGACGUCGAUUUUCGUUGAAAACGGUGCGGCAAACAAUAUUAAUCGGGAGAAUGUUAUCAACUGGAAUGACUUUGUAGCUUUGGGAAAAACUAACGGAAGCGUUGAUUUGUAUUCCUAUGCAACUAGCAGUAUUACAUAUGGACUUGCCUAUUAUAGUCAUAUGGAUGCGGUUACAGCUAUUUGCUGGGAUAGUUCUAAACUGUUUACAAUCGGUAAGGACCAUACAAUCCUCGUAUGGUCAUGGGAAGACUCUCACUUUGAACCUUGGAAGAUCAUAGCGCCGUCGAUACCAACGGCUAUUACGCCUUUAUCAUCCAACCGCUUAGUGGUAGCUUGCAAAGAUCUACAUUUGUGGUUGUUAUUACCAACGAAAGACGUCAAUCCAGAUUGGAAGCCCAUUGUUAAUCAGGAAAAUUCUGCAGAUAUCAGUUCCAUUAAACUAUUGAAAGAAGCUGAUCAAAAUGGGACGUAUGUUUUGACCGCAUCAAAACUGAAACAGGAAAUAUGUUUGUGGAAGAUCGACAAACCUGAAAAGCUGAUCACAUUUCAUGCGGGCAAUUUUAUUUGUUGCUCAAUGCAAUCCAAUAAAUUAAUGAUAGCAGCAUCCAACAUGUCUGCUUUCACUACCGACCUAUUUAUCAUUGGCGACAUUAGGAAUAUCACAAGAAACGAUCAGAAGUGCAUUCCAAAUGUAACAGUGAAAUCCACCAGCGAUCAUCAAUUUGUUCCGAUUGUGGUAGCUUCUUUGAAAAGUUCAAGAAAAGUCCAAAUUGGUUACGGUAGUUGUGCGUCACUUCGUUUCGAGGAAAUUACCACAAAAGCUAAUGGGAGAGUGUUUCAUGAUCCAAUGCCCCAUCCGAAUCGUGACUCGACAUUAGCACGUAUUUGUGAUACUCGAAACGAUCUGGUUCAAUUGACGGUCUCAGCAUUAAUUUGCUUUGAUGCAAGUUCAAUUCGAGCACUUCUUCUCCACGCUCAUGACAAAAAUCUAAUAAGCUCAACAGUGGCACAUCUUCCCCAAACAAGCGUCCACAAGUUAGUGGAAUGGCUGACAUUGCUGAUUGAAAGGAAAAUCUGCAAUGUCGGUAUAGCAGCACCUUGGCUGAACGCAUUGUUACGAGUACAGCCCAACCGUUUGAUGGCAUCGGAAACGAAUAACAUUGGCAAUAACCUUAAGCCAUUAUUGGGGGCUAUUCAAACCAGAAGAGAUCGUACACUGAAGCCAUUAUUGCAACUGAAGGGACAGCUGGACUUACUACUCGGCCAACGAAUUCACAUGGCUGAUAAUAGUGCCAUAUCAAAUUAUACAAACGUGAUCGUUUACGACGAUGUCGAAGAGGUGGUUGUACCAAGAUAUAUUACCAUAACAACCGAUGAAGAAACGGAUAUCUCAAUCACCGGAUGACAUGGAUUACGACAUAAAUAGCUGGAAGUCGUUCGGGGAGUGCAGGAACACCUAUGUCCUGAAUGAAUUGUGUGUGUAAGUAUAAAUAUUUUUCGUUCGUUAUAAGUACAAGUCAAUUAUAAGCACAAAUUGUUGGCUUUACUGU